GCUUUACGUACGUGUGACGUCAUCCGGUUUUCAUCUCGUUCUCGCUUCGGUUCGCAGAUCCGAGCAGCUAGCUAGCCGACAGCUAACUGACGUUAGCCGGGUUUCUUUAUUUCUCCACAGUUCGAAAGACUCGGUUAUUUCACGGUCCGUUUUAUUGUCUGUUUCACCAGGAAAGUAUCUCCCGCCUAAUCGCUCUCCGCUCCCGGAGAAGAACACUGAGCCAUGUACAAUGGGAUUGGCCUGACGACUCCCCGGGGAAGCGGCACCAAUGGCUACGUGCAGCGCAACCUGUCCAGCCUGCGGGUCAAACGCCCGCGGGACGAGCGUGGCGGCGAGCGGGACGAGAAGGACCGCGAGAGGCUGGAGAGCCAGCUCAACCGACAGCCCAACGCCGACAUCCUGGAGCACCAACGCAAGAGGCAGCUGGAGGUCAAGUGUGCCGAGCUGCAGGACAUGAUGGAGGAGCAAGGGUAUUCAGCCGAAGAAAUUGAUGAGAAAGUCAACACUUUCCGCAUGAUGCUGCAGGAGCAGCAGGAGCCGGCUCCCGUCCCCUCGGACAGACCAACGUAAGUCAAACAAAGACGGG